UUUAUAUGUUUAUGGAGGUAGAAUGUUAAUGGCGGAUAAUCUUAAUUUUGAUCCUAUUGAUGAGUUUAGUUCUGGCGUUGACGUAAAUGCUGCUAUGUUUAUGUCAAUUGGAGGUCAAGAUAAAAAUUUAUUAAUAAUAUUUGGUGGCUUUUCAAAAAGGAAAGCACCCCCAAAUCCAUUAUAUAUUUUCAAUACAACAAGCAAGUCAAAGUCAUUAGCUUUUAAAGAAGUUAUACCAGAAUGUACUGGUCGUGUGCUACACACUUCAGUCACCAAAUAUGAUUCAAAAGUUUUUAUAUUAGGUGGAUCCUCCUUACCUGUUGUUGAAAAAACUAGUGUUGGUGAUGCAUUAAAUACGUUAUGUGUGUAUGAUUCAUUAACAGACACAUUUAAAAUGUCACCAAUAAAUGUUUUUCCAAAAGGAAUUUCUCAUCAUACUUCAACUUUACUAAGUGAUGAUCUCAUUUAUGUUAUUGGUGGUAUUAAUAAUGUGGUGGAUGGUACAGGCUCCUCUCUCCUAUCGGAAAUGAAUGUAAUUACUAUUUAUGACACUAAUCUAGAUACUUGGACCUCAAAGACCACUUUAGGUGUUACUCCCUCACCAAGAAGAGGUCAUCGAGCUGUUGGAACAACAGACAAGAAAAUUAUUAUUUAUGGUGGUUGUAAGAAUGCAAAAAUUAUUUAUGAUGAUGUGUUAGAACUUGAUACAACUACACUGGCAUGGAAAACUAUCCAACCUUUGGGAAUAACUAAACUACCAGGAUUGUUUGAUAAUACAAUGACAAUGGUUGGAACUAAUAUUAUAAUUGCAUAUGGUAAAUAA